AUAAAAAGGUCAUCGUAAUCUGUACGAGGCCUUUUAGUUGUUAUUACAAAUAUGCAUGAUUUAUUCAGGACUUUUAAUGUGCUUUAAUUGAGGUAAAAGAUGUCUGCAGCGCCUAAACCUAAAGUCCUUUUGCGCGCCAAAUCUCUCGUGGAGCCCGAUGUACACAAUCCGUUCUCUUUCAAGUUAAAGCUCACACUCUGCGACAAACUCAAGGUUGCAAUUCUUAGUGUAACACUGUUUCCAGUCAGGCUCCUGUGCUUGUUUUUUCUCCUCGUUGUGGCCAGUGUGAUAGGAAAACUGACUACCCUGUGUAUGAAGAAAGAAGAAGAACCAGAACCACUGUCAGGAUACAGAAGGAUCAUGAGAAAGCCACUUCGUGGUAUUGCACGGGCAAUGUUAUUCUGCAUGGGUUUUCAUUGGGUUAAAGUCAAAGGCAAACUGAGCAGUUCAGAGGAAGCUCCAAUAUUAACUGUGGCUCCACAUUCAUCAUUUAUUGAUGCCUUGGCAUUGAGUGUUAUUUGCUUACCUUCAGGAGUUUCCAGGAAGGAAAAUGAUUCAAUACCUCUUGUAGGGGGAUGCAUACGUGCAUUACAACCUGUGUAUGUAUCAAGAACAGAUCCAGAUUCCCGAAAGAAGACAAUCUCUGAAAUCAAAAGAAGAGCCAGUUCUGGUGGAAAAUGGCCUCAUGUGGUGAUAUUUCCAGAAGGAACCUGUACUAAUAGGAAAUGCCUGAUCACUUUUAAACCAGGAGCAUUUUAUACAGGUGUCCCAGUUCAAGCUGUGGCAUUAAAAUAUCCCAACAGACUGGACACUGUGACAUGGACAUGGUCUGGCCCAAGUGGACUAACUCUUCUUUGGUUAACACUGUGCCAGUUUCAUAAUUACUUGGAAAUUGAGAUUCUGCCAGUUUACAAGCCUGAUACAGAAGAAAUCCAUGAUGGAAAACUUUAUGCAAGGAAUGUUCGGGAACAAGUAGCAAGAUUUCUUAAUGUUCCUGUCACUGAACACACCUAUGAAGACACAAGACUAAUGGUACAGGCCUCCCAGCAGAACCAACCAUCCAUGACAGGCUUGGUAGAAUAUCAGAAGAUAAGCAGCAAACUCAGCAUGAAGAUGGAUACAAUGAAGGAGCUGUUGGAUAAAUUUGCUGAAAUAGACGCUAAUAGGGAUGGUUUGGUUGAUAUAAACGAGUUUGCCAAAUAUCUUAGCCUGCCUGUCACUAGUCAUGUGAAACAUCUCUUCACACUCUAUGACAGGGAUGAUUCAGGUUUCAUAAACUUUCGGGAAUAUCUUAUUGGCUUGGCUCUUGUGUCGCAACCAGCGAACAGUGAAGAGGCUAUGAAGCUAGCUUUUCAGGUUUUUGAUAUGAACGGUGAUGGGCGAGUGGAUGAAGCAGAACUACGUCAUAUUCUUCAGAGUGCCUACCCUUCCAUCACAGACCUGAACAUCAACUGUUUGUUUAAUCAGGUGGAUGUGAACCACAGUGGAUCCGUCACAUUUGAGGAAUUUCGGGAUUUCGCCUUAUUGCACCCAGAGUAUGCCUUUCUCUUUACCCACUACACGAAGGAACAAACAGAGACAACGGGAGAGAGCAGUCACUCAAAUCAUGAACAUCCACAAACAGCAGCCAAGGCUUGACGAACGCACAUUAGGAGAUAAAAAUCCAUUGCGUCUCUUGCCAAGAUAGUAAAAUACAGCCUUAAUUAUCUCUUCAUGGGGUUCCACAUGUUAGGGACUGGGUUAUUACUGCUUUUGUAUGACUUUAAUAUUAUUCAACGAUUAUUAAAGGGUAUUAGCGGUUUCUUAGUAGGCCAUUUCCGAAUUAAGGUGCUGAACCACUCGUAUGAAAAAUGAAUUUAAUUUGCAUGUGAAUGGAAACGUAUAAUCAUAUGAAAGAAUGAGCACCAGGACUCGCUUUGAAAAAGAAGCCAAAAGGUUCGGAAAUGCGUUAUUUAUUUGGUCUGUAGGUUUUGCUGUAUUGAAUUGCCUCAGUUUUAUGGAAUAAGCAAUUUUCCAUUACUGAAGACUUAGAAAUGUUAAGAUUAAUGCAAUAAUUUUAUUUAAAGAAUUGCCAUCAGUUCUUAAUAUUUAGGUUUACUCCUUAAGUUUUAACGCUGUCUAAGGCAUUUUUCAGUUUAGUAUCAAAAGUGAACCUGGAUUGCUUCGGUUUUGCUUUACUUCGCCCUUCGAUUGGUCUAAAAAGCCCGCGCCACCAUUCCAAGCUAUCAAAUGCAAAACUAAAACUAAUCCCAAUUUGGUCACUCGCAUUUUCCCGCGCAGGUCGCGUGGUUUUUUUUUAGUUCUCAUUGGUUAAUGAUGAUGUCAACCUUUGUUCUGAUUGGUAGUUGUGAUUGGUUGUUUUGAUUGGUUUGGUUUUGGUUUUGGCUUUGGUUUUGCAACACUCAGCUGAAAACUGCUCGUAUAGAUAAAAGUUGUCAAGUGAUUCAUUAAGCAUCGAUCGUUUUCAAAGCGAAGAGAGUUUCAAUUUUACUGCCAGCAGUAGCUCAUAUUCGCCUGG